AUGAUGCUCAGCCCGGACCAAGCCGCCGACUCCGACCACCCCUCCUCGGCGCCCUCGGACCCGGAGUCGCUGGGCGGCGCGGACGCCCGGGCGCUCGGCUGCUGCGUCUCCGACCCGGAGCCCGCCGAGGGCGGCGGCGGCGGCGGCGGGGAGGGCCGGGGCGGCGGCGGCGGCGGCGGGGAGGGCCGGGGCGGGGGCCGGCCCGGGCUGCACCCGCCGCCGCUCAGCCGGGAGGAGAAGCGACGGCGGCGACGCGCCACGGCCAAGUACCGCUCGGCCCACGCCACGCGUGAGCGGAUCCGCGUGGAGGCCUUCAACCUGGCCUUCGCCGAGCUGCGCAAGCUGCUGCCCACCCUGCCCCCCGACAAGAAGCUCUCCAAGAUCGAGAUCCUGCGCCUCGCCAUCUGCUACAUCUCCUAUCUCAACCACGUCCUGGACGUGUAG